UUGCUGGGGCUUCAGGCUCUGUGGGGUUGUGACGGGCGGCGGGAGAGUCGGCUAAGGAACCCCAGGCAGGGGAGGGGAGGAGGGCGGCAGGGGCUGCGCGCGCGCAAAGCUGGAGUAUGAGCUGGACUUGACCGCGAGGCGGAGGCAAGAGCCACCGCCCCCUCUUCCCCUCCCCCGAGAGGCGGCGGCGGCGGCCGGAGAAGGAUGGGGGGCGCCGGUUCUGUCUGAGCUUCGGCGUGGUGUCUUCGGCUCGCGCGGGCCCUCUGUGCGCACCCUCGGCUCCAGCGGCGUCCGCCCGCGGGUGCACCUGGGCCGGCGGAGAAGGGGCGCCGUCCUGGUGGGUGGGGCGGGGAGGGUACCCGAGGUCACCGGCUAGGGGCAGGGGUGGCGGCGACGAAGGCAGAACUGCACACCAGCGGGGUCCAUCCGACCCUCUCCCUCAGCUGCAGAAGUAACCAAUGUGGAACAUGUUGCAGAAGCAUUCACGAAGUGGCUGAAGGAAGAAAGAAAAAAGUGCCACUGCCUAUCAGAAAAGAAAAGAGAACAAAACAUGGGAAAUACAACCACCAAAUUCCGGAAGGCACUCAUCAAUGGUGAUGAAAACCUGGCUUGCCAAAUAUAUGAAAACAAUCCUCAGCUAAAAGAAUCCCUCGAUCCAAAUAUAUCUUAUGGGGAACCCUACCAGCAUAAUACUCCAUUACACUAUGCUGCUCGACAUGGAAUGAAUAGAAUAUUAGGGACCUUUCUUUUUGGUAGAGAUGGAAAUCCAAAUAAACGGAACGUUCACAAUGAAACAUCUAUGCAUUUGUUGUGUAUGGGACCUCAAAUCAUGAUAUCUGAAGGAGCCCUCCAUCCUCGCUUAGCACGCCCUGUGGAAGAUGAUUUUAGAAGAGCAGAUUGUCUACAAAUGAUCUUAAGGUGGAAAGGAGCAAAACUUGACCAGGGUGAAUAUGAGAGAGCAGCUAUUGAUGCUGUUGAUAACAAAAAAAACACACCCCUCCACUAUGCUGCUGCCUCAGGGAUGAAAGCCUGUGUAGAGCUUUUAGUAAAACAUGGAGGAGACUUAUUUGCUGAGAAUGAAAAUAAAGAUACUCCUUGUGAUUGUGCUGAAAAGCAGCACCACAAAGAUCUAGCCCUCAAUCUGGAAUCUCAGAUGGUGUUCUCAAGGGACCCCGAGGCUGAAGAAAUAGAAGCUGAAUAUGCUGCAUUAGACAAACGAGAGCCAUAUGAAGGAUUAAGGCCCCAGGAUCUUCGCAGAUUAAAAGACAUGCUUAUUGUGGAAACUGCAGACAUGCUUCAGGCUCCUCUGUUUACUGCUGAAGCUUUACUUCGAGCUCAUGAUUGGGACAGGGAGAAAUUACUUGAAGCAUGGAUGUCCAACCCAGAGAACUGCUGCCAACGAUCAGGUGUUCAAAUGCCAACUCCACCACCAAGUGGGUAUAAUGCCUGGGACACACUCCCUUCUCCACGAACUCCGAGGACUACACGCUCUUCUGUCACCUCUCCAGAUGAAAUCAGUUUAUCUCCUGGGGAUUUAGACACCACUUUGUGUGACAUUUGUAUGUGCAGUAUUUCUGUAUUUGAAGAUCCAGUGGAUAUGCCCUGUGGACAUGACUUUUGUAGAGGAUGUUGGGAGUCAUCUUAUUUAGAGGGACAAAACUAUUGCUUUUUAAGAAAAUCAAAGUUUUUGAAUCUGAAAAUUCAAGAAGGUGAAGCUCACAACAUUUUCUGCCCUGCAUAUGAUUGUUUUCAACUUGUACCUGUGGAUAUCAUAGAAAGUGUAGUUUCUAAGGAGAUGGACAAACGAUACCUACAGUUUGAUAUUAAGGCCUUUGUUGAAAAUAAUCCUGCCAUUAAAUGGUGUCCUACUGCGGGAUGUGAAAGGGCAGUCAGGCUAACGAACCAAGGGUCAAACACAUCUGGAACUGACACACUCAGCUUCCCAUUGCUGAGAGCCCCUGCUGUGGACUGUGGGAAAGGACACCUCUUCUGCUGGGAGUGCCUUGGAGAAGCACAUGAGCCUUGUGACUGCCAAACAUGGAAAAAUUGGCUACAAAAAAUAACUGAAAUGAAACCAGAAGAACUUGUAGGAGUUAGUGAAGCUUAUGAGGAUGCUGCCAAUUGUCUCUGGUUGUUAACUAACUCCAAGCCUUGUGCUAAUUGUAAGUCUCCGAUACAGAAGAAUGAAGGCUGCAAUCACAUGCAGUGUGCUAAGUGCAAGUAUGACUUUUGCUGGAUUUGCCUAGAGGAAUGGAAAAAGCAUAGCUCUUCCACUGGAGGUUAUUACAGAUGUACUCGUUAUGAAGUUAUUCAGCAUGUGGAGGAGCAGUCCAAGGAAAUGACUGUGGAGGCUGAGAAAAAACAUAAACGAUUUCAGGAACUUGACAGAUUUAUGCACUAUUAUACAAGAUUCAAAAACCAUGAGCAUAGUUACCAGCUAGAACAACGCCUUCUUAAAACAGCCAAAGAAAAGAUGGAGCAAUUGAGUAGAGCUCUCAAAGAAACUGAAGGAGGCUGUCCAGAUACCACUUUCAUUGAAGAUGCAGUUCAUGUGCUCUUAAAAACUCGGCGUAUUCUCAAGUGUUCUUACCCAUAUGGAUUUUUCUUAGAACCUAAAAGCACAAAGAAAGAAAUAUUUGAACUAAUGCAAACAGACCUAGAAAUGGUCACUGAAGACCUUGCCCAAAAAGUCAAUAGGCCUUAUCUUCGCACACCCCGCCACAAGAUCAUCAAGGCAGCUUGCCUUGUGCAGCAGAAGAGGCAAGAAUUCCUUGCAUCUGUGGCUCGCGGAGUCGCUCCUGCAGACUCACCAGAAGCUCCAAGGCGCAGCUUUGCUGGUGGAACAUGGGAUUGGGAAUAUUUAGGAUUUGCAUCACCUGAGGAAUAUGCUGAAUUUCAGUAUCGGAGGAGGCACAGGCAGCAGCGCCGGCGAGGAGAUGUGCACAGUCUGCUCAGUAAUCCUCCUGACCCUGAUGAGCCAAGUGAAAGCACUUUAGAUAUUCCAGAGGGUGGCAGCGGCCGCAGGCCUGGCGCAUCUGUGGUAAGUUCUGCGUCUAUGAGUGUGCUGCACAGUUCUUCCCUGCGUGACUACACGCCUGCCAGUCACUCUGAAAACCAGGACUCUCUACAGGCUCUGAGUUCCUUGGAUGAAGAUGAUCCCAAUAUACUUCUUGCAAUUCAGUUGUCACUGCAAGAGUCUGGACUGGCCAUUGAUGAAGAAACUAGAGACUUCCUCAGUAAUGAAGCAUCCCUAGGAGCAAUAGGCACUUCUUUACCCUCCAGACUGGACUCUGUCCCUAGGAAUACAGAUAGCGCUCGAGGUGCACUGAGCAGCUCUGAGCUGUUGGAACUUGGUGACAGCCUCAUGAGACUAGGAGCAGAAAGUGAUCCAUUUUCAACUGACACCUUGAGUUCACACCCUCUCAGUGAGGCACGAAGUGAUUUGUGUCCCUCAUCCAGUGACCCUGACUCAGCUGGCCAUGAACCCAAUAUCAAUGACAAUCUUCUUGGCAAUAUCAUGGCUUGGUUUCAUGACAUGAACCCUCAGAGCAUUGCCCUGAUUCCUCCAGCAACUACUGAAAUUAGUACAGAUUCUCAGCUUCCCGGUAUCAAAGGUGGGUCAGAAGGUAUGAGGGCCAUGGAACUGGUGCCACCAGAAGAAGAUGCAGUAUUUGAAGAUGUUGCUGUCAGUGAACGUGGAGGAACCCAGAUAGAAGAGAAUCCUUUGGAAGAGAAUAUUCUGGCUGGGGAAGCAUCGUCUGAAGCUGCUGACAGUGGUAAUGAAGCAGCCAACAGAGGGGUCGGUUCAGAUGUUUCAAGUCAAACACCUCAAACCUCAAGUGAUUGGCUUGAACAAGUACAUUUAGUAUGAACUGCACACAUCUGGGCUCCAAAUGAAUCACAGGUACAGAUGGUAUGCUAGGUGGAGUAUGCUUUAUAGAGACUUUGAUCCACUUAAUUCCAAUUCAAUUAUAAACCACUGAAGUUAGGAUUGAAUACAAAGAAUUCCUCUUGAAUGGUAGCUUCAUUGUUGAUCUAAACUUACAGGGAAUUUCUUUUGUGUUUAGUUGGGUAGCUUUUCCCCUUUUUACUGACAAAAUGAAGAGCAGGAGAGCAAGAAAAACACAAAUGGAAUAAACAAGUUGUAAUCCACAUUCUAAGAAAAUGCAGUGCUCUGUUUAGCCUAGAGUUGGCAAUACUUAAAUUGAACAUUUAAAUCAAAGACUUACUCCCUAAUCUUUGAUCUUUGGAUGGCUUUCCUCUUUAAAAAGACAAAAAAAAAAAAAGCUUUCUUCAUUUUAGAAGUUUGGUUUGGACCAAUCUGAUGACAUGUAUGUCCUCAAUCUCUCUGUGCUCUUUCAUAACUUUCUUUCUCCUUUUUUUGUCUGAGCAGUGUGAAUUGAGCUAUCCAAGGUCUCUCUUUAGUGCUGCAAAUACUACAGUAUAAUUAAUUUUAAUUUUUACAUGAAUCAAAUAUUUUUUCUCAUGUCUACUUACAGUCCAUUGUGCCAAACUCUGACUUAUGUGCUGACUAACAAGGCAUUCAGGUGUGCAGCAUCCUAACAUGCUCCAGGGCAGUGUCAGCAUUCUUGGAAGUAAUAGGUGCCAUUCGGUAGUAAUGAUGUUCCAGAAUUUAAUGGGCUUUUGUUGCCAUGGAGACUGCAUUUAAAUAAAUGUAGCCUGUAGCUUAAGUUAACUAAACCUAAUGCUGCUGUUAAGAACAGUUUAUUUUCAUAUUAAAAUACAGUUGAUUAGCAACAGCGGUGCUGUAUUUUAAGAGACACUUUAUUGGAAGUGCAAUCAUAGUUCUUUGUUUUCACAGUUUUACAGUGCAUUCUAAUUACUAAUGGGUGCAAUUACUUUUAAUGGUGUUUUAUAAAAUAGAAAAAAGUGGAGUUUUCAUGAGUUAUAGUAAAUCCCACAAUUAUUAAAAAAUUGAAUAAAACAUCCUGCGCAACAUGUUACUGUGCCUUUGCCUAACCUAAAUGGAUAGUUGCCAGUUAAAUAAGUCAUUAAUUCCAAUUUCAUGUUUCUUCUGAAGUAACUAUGCUACGGAUUGCAAAGACCUCCAUAAAACCACCCAUGGCCUUGCCUUUACAGUAAAUAUAACAACUAAAUGUCCAUUCAGUUUGUUUGCCUAAAGAGCAAAUGCUGACAAGUGUUUGUUCUCUUGCACAAUACUCAUUUGCUGUGUGAUUACUGUUUAGUAUUGAAAAAAACCAACUUCCUAGUUAUCAGUGUCGUAUAACUGUGAAGAAAAUACUGGUCUUAGCUGUAAUUAAGAUACAAUGGUACAGUGUGUAAUUAAAACCUAGAGUAAACUGUUGAAAUGGCUGUUUUACUUACAUAUUAUCAAAAUUAGCAUAACAUAAGCAAAAUAGAUAUGUGCAGCACUCCAUUUAAUGUUUUGCCAGAUUGUUACUAGAAAUCUGCAGAAACCAAAAUUUCUGUUCUGUGUGUGUACAGGCAAGUCCUAGGCCAGGAAAAAGGUAAUUUUUACUAUCAAUAUCUAUGUGAGUUUUGAUUAUAGUUUUUGAUUACUUUUUUUUUUCCAAACUCUGCUUUUGAAAUAUCCUUUACUUUGAAUUCAUAAGGCCAGGACAAAUUAUAUUAGAGUAUUGAAAACUCCCCAUGUUUCCCCAAGAUAAACUGUGUGGGAAUUACUCCUAUGCCAUGAAUAUCGAAGGUUGACAUUAGUUUUUAUUUCUCCAGUUAUCAGAAACACUGAUAUCAAAUGCCUAUUAAAGUUUGUGGAGGGAAAUAUUAACUUUAUCUACAGUGUAUUACUGUAUAUUAAACUGAAAUAGUCCAUAAAGGAUUUUUUUACAAUUAUUUUGGAUUAAACACAUUAACACCAUUAAGUUUUUAGACUGAGAAAAUGGAGUUUGCAUCACAUUGAGGUGUCUUGCACAGCUGCAGUGAGGAGAGAAGUGCUCUGUGUGAAGAUCCAUUCGUGCUGGGUUGUGGUUUCCUUGCACCUUGUGCAGUAGCCUUUGUUUCUGUGUGGUCUCUCCUGAGCAUGAAACGUGAUCAUCCAGUUUGUAUUUCCUUGGUACAUAUUUUAAAACAACACAGUCAUUGACUUUACAAUUCAGUAAUAAAGUUUGGCAAAGCCUAUUUUGUAAACAAGUUAAUUUUAUAAUGUAAAAAAAAAAUAAUCUAACCUUGACUUGUUAUUUGCACUUUCAUAGUCUAUACUUGAUACAUUCCCACUUUAUAUACAGUAGGAUUCUACGAACGUGUAGAUGUUUGGCCAAACGAAUGCUGUUAAUAAUAUGUAAAAUUCUUUGAUUAAACAUUUAUUACUUAAACUA